AUGCUGAUGAGAACAAAAUGCGCCUUUUUGCGACUGCGGGAUCGAGGAGGACGUAAACUCUGGACCGUAAGUGCUCACGCACCUACGGAAACCGCUGAGGACAACAGUAAGGACGCCUUCUAUGAUGAACUCAAUGCGUCGAUGUCUAAAAUACCAAGCCAGCGGGUGGUCAUUGUCGGAAUCGACGCAAAUGCGAGGAUGGGACUCGAACUGCAAUCCGAUGUGCUAGGAAAAUGGUACUAUGCAGCGGAGCGCACGUCGGACAACGGUGACCGUCUGGUCGACUUGUGCGAACAGACGGGCCUUAUCAUUGCUUCCACGUUUAAGAGGAAUCAUCGACGCCAUCAGCUCACGAGGCAGAGGUCAACCCUUUUAACGCCUGAAGAGCAGCGCAAGCAAAAGAUGAGGACUCUUAAGCUUCAGCUCGACUACGUUCUGGCGAGGAACGUUCCUCAGUCAGAUGUCCGAAAAUCUAGAGCUGUUUGGGACGUCGCGUUCGACUCUGACAACCGUCCAGUUCUUCUCAGCUUCAAGAUACGGUUCCACAAGAGAAAUAGAGGAAUUCCUCUUCAACCGAAAAUCGACAUGGCAGGUCUGAAAGAUGAUGAAUGCAGAACAAAAUUCCGCCAACGUGUGUCUAUUCAUGUUGGAGUACGGGCCAAGAAGAAGCUUCGCGAUGCGGAUUCCUUCACAAAGUGCAUCCAGGACGCUGCAAGGGAAACGCUCCCGGUUCUAUUGCCGCGGAAGAACGCUGAUGACUUCAACCAGGAAAAGCGUCUUAGAAGGAAUCUGCGUCGUCAACUGCAAAAAGACCGCGAUAACGAGUGGACGUCAAGAUCGAUGGAGUUCGAGAAGGCGUGGGAGGACAGAAACCCGCGGAAAGCCUAUGCUCUACUAAAAGAGUAUAGCGGCAAAAUGAAAAGAUGUUCCCCUGUCCUCAACACUGCCAAUGGGGUAGCUGUCGGUGAAGCAACCCUUCCAAUUUGGAAGGAACACUUCAAGCCCUUGCUGAACCGGCUAGCACCGUUAACUCCUGAACUCGAACACGUUCAUAGACCGACAUAUGCGGUUAACGAGGAGCCACCGACCGAGUCGAAAGUCCUGGUCUGUAUUCAAAAAAUGAAGAAUGGAAAACCUGGCGGAGACGACGGGAUUAGCGCAGAAAUGCUAAAAUAUCUUCCUCCGUCUGGGAUUCAUGAGGUGACAAAGAUCAUCCGUUCAAUAUGGAUAGACAAAAGGAUACCUGAUUCGUGGAGACACGCUAUCAUAAUUCCCCUCCACAAGAAGUUAUCCGUCACGGACCCCAGGAAUUAUCGAGGAAUCUCUUUGCUGCGUGCUAUGUACAAGGUACUGGAGCGCAUUAUCCUGGACCCACUCAUUAAACAUCGUGAAGAAACAACGCGCGACGAGCAAGCUGGCUUUCGUCCUGGCCGAUAUACGAUUGACCAGGUGUUCAUCGUCAGGAGAGUGAUCGAAAUCUGGCAGCGGUAUUCGAAGCCAAUGCAAGUAGCGUUUCUGGACUUCGAAGCCGCGUUCGACUCUCCUCACCGAGGCCGUCUUCUCAACGCGCUCCGCGCCGAUGGAGUACCAGGAAAGUUCGUUCGCUUGCUUGAUGACAUGAAUCAACGAACAACUGCUGCAGUUCGAACACCAGCAGGAUGUACAACACCGUUUGAAGUGGUAACUGGAGUAAGACAAGGGGCAGUGGCAGGACCUUUCCUGUUCAAUUUCGCAAUCGACGACAUUAUGCGAAGAACAGUCGACCAGUGUCCUGCCGACAUUGUCUUAGCACCAUCAGGGUGCCCCUUGACUGACCUCGAGUACGCCGAUGAUGUCGUUAUAUUUGCGGAAAGCAGUACGGAACUUCAACAUGUUGUCAACCUUGUGUCGAAGCUGGCUUCAGCCUGUGGACUACGCCGACGCCCUGAUAAAUGCAAGCAGAUGUGGAUCUCUUCGAGACCACGAACGGGAAUCAGGAUGGACGGACAACCGAUAGAACUCGUCGAUGAGUUCUGUUACCUAGGCUGUACGCUGAAGAACAAUUUGCAGCUACAAGAGAGAUGUUCAGCUAAGAUGCGCUAA